CGACAUUUCCCAAACUUAACUUAUCAAAAAAGCAAAAAAUCCGGCAUGUGGCACGCUAUGGCUGCUUCAGACAUUUUGAGUCUGUUCGCGCGAUCUUUGCCACAGUGCAUUGCAAAAGACGUAGCAACAAAAUAGAAAUACAACAUGUUCCUGUUCGCAGUCCGAUCCACGCCAUGUGUUGGCUUGGACUCCUUCCGCCUUCCCACUGUAAGAACAUACGGCGUACUACUUGCAUAUCUACUCGCUGGUGCACACCGUGUUCGUGCGGAAUUUACGGCGAUUUCAUCUAUUUCUGACGGAGAAUUUUCACCAUGGAGGACUCCUUCAUCGUCGAGUGACCACUCGAAGAGCUGGGAAGUAUCCUCGCGCCAUUUGCAGUUCAACACCGAGACCGGUCAAUUCUGCGCGCCAAGCAAUGCCGUGAAUUUUAUGGGUGAAGGAAAUGAUGCAUCUCCAAAGUCAUCUGGAAGGAGAAAACAAGAAGAAAAAAGCACCCAGAUGAUCUUUCAGAUGAAGUUGCUACCCCUCUAAGAAUGCGUGUUUCGCAGACCACUGUGGACACCUUGCCGAUCCCACCGCUUGCAAAGAGAACGGUGGCAAUGAUCCUGACUGCUGUGGGCUUUCAGGCACAACGGGGUGCAAAUCGGGAUUCUUCCAUGAUCGCCAAGACAAACGUAAGUGUCACUUUGGUCCUUCUUACUCGACCUGCUGCUAUCCCUCGUUAUGUUGCCAGAAGUGUUGUACUUCUAGUUGAAAUGUAGGAUUACUUCCGAACAAAUGCAGUAAAUCGUUGUUGCCCACAGUGAGUCACCAACCAGAAUCAUUCUUGUCUUCUGUGCCACGGAGCACCUUUUUUACUCUCAGAAGUUACCAGUGUAAACACCCAUGCGCCAUCUUUUCUGUGUCAUUGAGACGUACCUUUUCUAAGACAGGGAACAGUGACGGCAGCCCAGGUCGUGGAGCAGGGGCUUUAUGACGGUCCUGAGAUGGAGUGUAAGAGUGAGUGGUGCGAUUCUCCUGGUCUGGGAGGAACCAAGGAUUGCUGGGCCGGCUCCGACUCGGAGCCCUGCACCUGCACCCAAGGCAAGGCACAGCAGCUUCCAGACAGAAAGCAGCACUUUGAGUUCUGGCGACUAAUUAUUAUUCAUUGCGUAAUCGUAAUCAAUGUAUGAUUUCUCACGCUGAUCCUUGUACCAUUAUAAAUAUAUAUUUUCAAAAAUAGCUAAAGAGUAUAGGAGUUCUACACAGCAAAAUAGGUCGUCCUUGGUUCUAGCUUUUACAUCAAUAUUAGUCGUGCGUAUCUCAAAAGGGAGGCGGUUGAUCCGUUUUCACCUUUGAGGUUUUGUGUAUACUAUAAGGAUACAAACGCCUUGACAGUCGACAAGUGUUCGUCACUACAGGGUAGCGCUCUUUGACCCAAGUUAAUUAUAGUACCAAGUUAAUGUUGUUGACGGGACGCCUCCUGCUUCAUUUCCUGGCAAGGACUACUACGAGUAUACAUGUUGCGAAGCACCGCCUGGCUAUGCCGGUGGCGCGAAGCUCACAGGCGAGAAAUGCGGGGACUAUAACCCAAUUGAUUUCGAGGUGGUGAUCUUGGUUUAAGACUGAACUUUUUCCAUCUGGUAGCACGUUGUUGUCCUGUGGGUUUGCUUGAAAAGGUAUGCACUACCAGUAGAAUCAAUUAAGAUCUUCAUGACUCACACCAGCGACGAAGAGAUGAAAAAGGAGUCGCGCUAAUCCUUCGCCAUUAUGAUCGGAGUGGGUCUAUGCGUGUGUUGUAUCAUCGGCGGCCUCUGCUUUUUUUGCGCGCAUCAGAGAAUUAUGAACCAAAACUCGACUCGUCGGAAAAGAUUGGUGUUCAGCAAACGAACGAGGCUUGUCCUCCUUCGAGCUUGAGCGUUGUGCUUCUUUACAGUAAUCAUAGAUACCUACAGCAACUUCUCGUAUGUUGUGAAACUGAAAAUAUAUAUUAGAUGUGAGGUUGUUAGUUCUUCUAGUCCAUAAAUUUGUCCUUAGGUGGUCGCUGGAUACUUACAGCAAUUGUCAUUAGCAGUUCUAAUAGUGAGAAAAGGAAGGAAGAGCAAGAAGUACGCCAGCAGCAGAUGCAACAACAGCAAAUGCAGCAAAUGGGCGGCGCUCAGGCGAUGUACGGCCAACCAGGGAUGGUGUACCAGCAGCUGAUGCAGCCAGGAAUGCAGCAACCGAUGCAGCCCGGAGUGGUGUAUCAGCAACAACCGGUGAUGUAUCAACCUAUGGCAGUUGGCGGUGCAUACAUUCAGCAGCCGCAGGUCCGGUAGGGUAGUUGUACGUUGGUUCAUAGUUAGUCUGCCUUGUAGUGCGAGUCAUGUAGGUUGGUUUAUAGUUGCUUAGCACUAGUCUGCUUUAUAGUAGAUGAAGAGGAAGAUGAACAACGUCGACGGAGUGAUUGAUAGCUCUGAGUUAGCAGCGAGCUUCGGGCUCUUUGUAUUUUCUACGGUGUUGCACACGUCAUGGUAAAAAGAAAAUCGAAAAAAAGCAUCGAGAUCUGCUCACUCCUGGUGUGAUCAUGAAUGGUUGCGAGCAUCUUUCUUCGU